AUGGCCGACGAAUUCCACCUGUUCGCAAAACUACCUGCGGAACUUCGUCGCAUGGUCUGGAAGGAAUGUCUUCCAAAAUCGCGAGUCUUCGAUACGAUGCUGCCGUCUCUUGUGUUUGAACAGUCCCGCUGUCGCGGCACUCGCUGGUCAUCUCGUCAAAGCUGGCGCCCGCCGAUCAUCACCCGAGUCUGUCGGGAAUCCCGCGCUGUCGCCCACGAAACGGGCCGAGUCCUCUUCUACGGAGACGAUGCCAAUGUCCCCGACUACAUCGACAGUGUCUGGUCGGAUGCCACGACCGAUAUAGUGGCCCAGUACUGGUGUCCGGGACUGGAGAAUGUCAUGUUUUGGGCGCACGCGAACCCGGACACCUAUCUCUUUCACUAUGCGCCUCGUUACCAGGGGACCUUGAUCGCCGAGGCGCGAUUGAAAAACGCCUUGCGCGCACCAAGUCCCAACACGGAUUGGCGCACUCUUGCUCAAUUGCAGCAUUGUUACGUGUGUCUGGAGAAUCCCGUGAUGAUUCAUCUGACGCGCAAGGAAAUGCUCGUCUCGGGACUAUUUGGACGGCUGGGAGAAGAGUACAUCCAACUGGUCGAUCCCGCAGAUGCGGUGCGAUUGAAGAAAUUUCACAAUCUGGCCUUGACAUCGAGUCAACAGUUGCCCGAGACGCUGGAAUUUUUCAAUCAUGUCCGCACUUCCACCUUCCAAUACAUGAUUCACAACUGGACGCGCGAAACCAUGAUGCGCUGGAUCUACCAGGAGUGGCUCCAGGCCAAAGAGACCUGUUUCGCGGGGGUCGUGCACCCCGAGCGAAUCUGGGUCGGCCCCCGAUCUCCCGAUGUCGAUGGGAGAACGUUCAACCCGAUGGCACCGGAAACAUACACCAGAUACAGCAUGUGGUUUCAUCUUUCGGAUACGCUGCACUUUUCAUACGACGACAAACAUCCCUGGGUGAGAGAGAAGCUGGCACGGGCACCUAAGUUUUAUCCGCGCAUUAUGAUCCGGCCCUGUAUCAAGCGGUGCUGGUUGCCUUCGACGCCGCCUCGAUGCAGUCGGCCAAGAGGACAUUAUCGUGCUGGAGGGAGAUGA